CCACGUGUUUCGAACCUGGUUGCGUCAACACUUAACAGGCACGAAUCUGAGAAAAGAAAGAGUGUGAAAGGAGAAAAAAUUCAAUUGUAAUGUAAUGCAACACAAACCCUAUUCCUUUUCCCUAAUCUUUUAAUGGACCCGCCAAAUCCGGCCAAAGAUGACGACGAUGAACUUUUCGUCGACGCCCUCGACGACUUCCCCUUCGACGAUUGCCUUCAUACUGACAAAUCAGACCAGUCCCCGUCGAAAUCCAAAGACAUUCCCUCGACUCUGAGGCGGCGUUCGCUGUCUCGCCGGCGAAGUGAAAUUCAUCGAAAUUUGAAGGAGAAUGAAGUUAUUUUCGAGAAAGGAUCGGACUCGACUGUGGACCGAGUUGACUCAUUCCGAGUUAGCGAAGAUAAGACUGAGGAAUCGACGGUAACUUUCGAAAAUGAUGACCCAGUUAGUGACUCAGCUGAUUCGGUUGACUCAGAGUCUUCGAGUUUGCUCGUUUAUAUUGCUGGGUUAAUGAUUAAAGCAAUUUGUUUUGAGUUCAAUUUGCUAAUUAGCUUCGUUUUAUUUCCCAUAUCGAUUUUAUCUUCUUUUUACAUGUUUGUGAUGGACCCAUUUCGUACUGUAAAACGUGGAAGAGAGUAUUUAAUGCUAAAGUUUUAUAAUUUAUGGAAUUUGAUAUCUGGGUUUGUUAGUCCUUGGAUUCAUGAUUGGUUAAAAGGGUAUGAAUCGAUAUGGAAGCUAGUUUUGCGAUUCGGUUGGGGCUUGUUCUGGUGUAUUUAUGUAUGCUCCGUGUUGUGUGGGUUAUUGCUGUUGGCAGUCGUGAUUAGUGGGUUUUUUAUGAGGUUUUUGGUGGAAGAACCUAUUCAAAUAAAAGAGACUCUGAAUUUUGAUUACACAAAGAAUAGUCCAGUUGCGUUUGUACGUAUUCUGUCUUGUGAUGCUGUUUUCUGUGGCUUCAAUUGUGAAGAGAAGAAAGAAGUUUCAAAGAGUUUAGGGUCUCGGGUUAUACCAAUUGAUCAUAAGAUGCAGGUUUCUGUCAUGUUGACACUGCCGGAAUCAGAUUACAAUCGAAAACUUGGGGUUUUUCAGAUCAGAGUAGAACUCAUUUCUGCUAAUGGCAAAACACUUGCGAGUGCAAGCCAUCCUUGCAUGUUAAAAUUCAAAAGUGAACCUAUCCGUCUUCUAUUGACUUUCCUUAAAGUUGCUCCUAUUGUUGCUGGGUAUGUAUCAGAAUCUCAAACACUGAAUGUGAAGCUUAAAGGUUUCAUAGAAGGGGAUGUUCCUACUUCAUGCUUAAAGGUGAAAAUUGAACAACGAGCAGAAUAUGGGCUCGGUGCUGGUGUCCCUGAAAUAUAUGAUGCCUCCCUUAUCCUUGAGUCAGAACUUCCAUUUUUUAAAAGAAUUAUAUGGUAUUGGAGGAAAACCAUUUUUGUAUGGAUUACCAUUACAUUGUUUAUAAUGGAGUUGUGCUUCAUGCUAAUCUGUUGUAGACCUAUUAUUCUUCCAAGAGCAAGACCAAGGGGUGAUUCUGCAAGUAAUAGUGCCCGUGGAAGUAGAAUCCAGUCACAAACUUAGUUACGGCCAAUGAGGCUUCAGCAGAAUCCGGUUGCAAA